CUGGGGACGGGGUGCUGAGGGGCUGGGUUCCUGAAUCCUCAGAGGCGCCAAUGUGAACAGGAGGGCAGCAGGCUGGGCGUGAGGCACUGGGUCCUGGCGGGUAGAGAGGUGCGUCUCUCUGGGUCUGGUCCUGGCCCUGAGCCAGGCCUGAGUCACGCUGCUAGCUCCCCCCUCCUCCUGCUGCCUCCUCCUCCCAGCUCUUCACUCACCUCCGCACUGCGGCCGGGGGAGGCCCGCCCUGGUGCUGGCUGCUGCUUGUGGCCUUGGGCAGGCCUGUCCUGCCAACACCCUGCCGGGGCCUCCCUCUCCCUGCGUCCACUGAAUCCGGCCUAGGUUAAUUAUAACUCUGACCUAAGUGCCCUGUGACACCCUGCCCCCCCGACGCCGGCCCUGCCUGGAGACCGAGCAACCAGGUCCGUGUCUCAGCUAUGCUCCCCAUGGACGAGCUCCUGUCCCACCUGGGCCCCUCACUGCUGCUGUUGCUGCAGCUGCAGCUACUGCUGCCCCCCGCAUCUGCCUUCUUCCCCAAUAUCUGGAGCCUCCUGGCUGCCCCCGGCUCCAUCACCCACCAGGACCUGACCGAGGAGGCGGCACUCAACGUCACCCUGCAGCUCUUCCUGGAGCAGCCGCCCCCAGGUCGGCCCCCCCUUCGCCUUGAGGACUUCCUGGGCCGCACCCUGCUUGCCGACAACCUCUUUGCCGCCUACUUCGGACCUGGGUCUCCUUCCCGGCGGUUCCGAGCAGCCUUAGGAGAGGUGUCUCGUGCCAAUGCCGCCCAGGACUUCCUGCCAACUUCCAGGAAUGACCCUGACUUGCACUUUGAUGCCGAGCGGCUGGGCCAGGGGCGCACACGCCUGGUGGGAGCUCUAGGGGAGACUGUGGUGGCGGCCAGAGCCCUUGACCACACCCUGGCCCGCCAGCGCCUCGGGGCUGCGCUUCAUGCCUUGCAGGAUUUCUACAGUCACAGCAACUGGGUGGAACUGGGGAAGCAGCAGCCACACCCUCACCUCCUCUGGCCAAGGCAGGGGCUGCGGAACCUGGCGCAAGUGGGCGACCCUACCUGCUCCGACUGUGAGGGGUUGAGCUGCCCUGGGAAUUUGCUGGGCUUCACACUCCUCACCUCUGGCUACUUUGGAACUCAUCCCUCCAAACCUCCAGGGAAAUGUAGCCAUGGGGGCCAUUUUGACCAGAGCAGCUCCCAGCCACCACGGGGAGGCAUCAACAAGGAUAGCACAUCCCCAGGCUUCUCCCCCCACCACAUGCUGCACCUCCAGGCUGCAAACCUGGCCCUUCUGGCCUCCAUCCAGGCCUUCAGCCUCCUACGAAGCCGCCUGGGAGACAGGGGUUUCUCCAGGCUGCUGGACAUCACCCCAGCCUCCAGCCUGAGCUUCGUCCUGGAUACCACAGGCAGUAUGGGUGAGGAGAUCAAUGCCGCCAAAAUCCAGGCUCGCCACAUUGUGGAGCAGCGACGGGGUGGCCCCAUGGAGCCCACCCACUAUGUCCUGGUGCCUUUCCAUGACCCAGGGUUUGGCCCCGUCUUUACAACCAGUGACCCUGACAGCUUCUGGCAACAACUCAAUGAGAUACAUGCCUUGGGAGGUGGAGAUGAGCCCGAGAUGUGCCUGUCAGCCCUGGAGCUGGCCCUGCUGCACACACCUCCACUCUCAGACAUCUUCGUCUUCACUGACGCCUCCCCCAAGGAUGCCUUUCUCACCAACCGGGUGAAAUCUCUGACUCAGGAGCGGCGUUGCAGAGUCACAUUCCUGGUGACUGAAGACCCAUCUAGGGUUCAGGGCCGACCUCGGCGUGAGGUCUUGUCCCCUCUGCGUUUUGAGCCGUAUGAAGCGGUGGCGCUGGCCUCAGGAGGAGAGGUGAUCUUCACCAAAGACCAGUACAUUCGGGAUGUGGCGGCCAUUGCUGGGGACAGCGUAGCUAACCUGGUGACCCUUCCUCUGGAGCCUCCUGUUGUGGUACCUGAGAGGCCACUUGUGUUCAGUGUGGAUGGGCUGCUCCAGAGGGUCACAGUCCGGAUCCAUGGGGAGGUCAGCAGCUUCUGGAUCAGAAACCCUGCAGGGGUCUCCCAGGGCCAGGAGGAAGGUGAGGGGCCUCUAGGGCAUACUCGCCGCUUUGGGAAGUUCUGGAUGGUGAGCAUGAAUGACCCCCUGCAGACAGGAACCUGGGAGAUCCAGGUCACAGCCAAGGGUACCCCCCGGGUGAGAGUGCAAGCCCAGACCUCCCUGGAUUUCCUCUUCCACUUUGGGAUCCCCAUGGAGGAUGGACCCCACCCUGGCCUCUACCCCCUGACUCAACCAGUUGCAGGUCUCCAGACACAGCUGCUGGUAGAAGUGACAGGGCUGGGCUCCAGAAGAAACCCUGGAGAUCCUCUGCCGCAUUUCUCCCACAUCGUCCUUCGAGGGGUCCCGCACGGUGCCGAGCUGGGCCGGGUGCCUUUGGAGCCCAUGGGACCCCGGGAGCGAGGUCUCCUCGCUGCCUCGCUACCGCCCACGCUUCUGUCCACCGCGGGACCCUUCUCUCUGGAGCUGAUUGGCCAGGACGGAGUGGGGCAGGGCCUGCACCGGGCGGCCCCCCAGCCCUGUGCUGUAGUUCCUGUCCUUCUGGAGGUGAGAUGCCAGCGGAAGGUGCGGCUGCGGCUGGAGAGAACAGGGCCUGCUGCUCCUCCCCUGACCGGCCCUCCUCCGCAGCUCAGUGGUCCCUCGGGUUUCCUGGCGCCGGGCACCGAGGCCCUGCUCAGCCUCCGCAUCGCCAGCUUCUCGGGCCCUCAGGAUCUCGAUCUUAAGACAUCCGUCAACCCCAGCUUCGCUCUCACCUCCAACCUCUCCAGGGUUCACCUGGAACAGAACGAGUCCGCCUGGGGGUGCCUGUGGCUGAAGGUACCAGACACAGCCGCCUCAGACUCCGUGGUGAUGGUGACUGUGACCGCGAUGGAUCGAGAAGCCAGCACAGUACCCCCGACCCAUGCCUUCCUCCGGCUGCUGGUGCUGGGCCCCGCCCCGCAGGUGAGGUGCCCCCACUUUCCAUUGCAGGAUAGGCAGGGUGAGGGGAGGGCGGUGCAGGCUUAUUUGGGUGCAGCCACCCUGACAGCUUCUCCCUCUUCUCCCCAGGACCAGCUCCCUGCCCCUGUCCACUCGACUGACCCUGUCCUCACAACCACCAGCUCUGUCUUUCAUCUUUCCACCUUGGUGACUCCGGGCAGGGCUGGGGGAGGGCUGGUGGGCAACCCCUGGCGGGGCACAGUUGGAGCGGUGCUGCUCCUGCUAGGCCUGGCCUCCUGGUGACACAACAGCCCGUAGAGGGAUGGGUCUCCGGCACUGUUUGCCAUCUUGCCCCAUUGUGAGACAUCAAGAACCUCAAAUUCACUGGGAACAGAACUAUAGCAGCCGCUGCAGCAAAAAAGCUGGAAACUGAAACCAUGCACAGAGAAACUUCAGACAGUCACUGGAAACUUCGAACAGUGGUGGAGGAAGAGUAGCUGGAAAGCAGAUGUUACAAUAGCAAUGUGUAUUUGCUAUGUGGAAUUCACAUUGCUAUCUUGAGCUAGGUGGUAGAAGCCACAUGCUGAGGAUGGCAGAACAGGAAGACAGAAGGAGACUGGGUCACUGAGGACUUUAUGAAACCACCCAACAAUCAUGGACUGCUUAUUUUUAUCCUUUUCUAUAAAAGAUAAACUUAAUCUUAUUUAAGCCAAAAAAAUUUUUUUUAAAAAGGUAAUCUAUAGGUGGAGAGAGGGGAAAGGGAUAGAAGCUACAAUUAAUUGACUAUACCUUGUUUGGGAGAUUUGACUUUGGAACUGUGUAAAUAUUCUACAUAAUUAUAAGAUUAAAUUUUAAGAAGCAAUUAUUAAAAAUCAAAAAAAGAAUGAAACAAAUGAACAUAAUGUAAAUCCAGAUAGUGACAUAACCACUUGAAAUAGUGACUAAAACACAGCAAUUUGACUGUAUAUCCCUAGGGAGAACGGAAAGAACUAUCCCUCCUUCCCCCCAAAAAAUGUUAAAGUAGUAUUCAAUAAUCAUACAGUUGGUAGUAAUGGUGAUAUUGCUAUUCUAAGAUUGUUGUGGAUGUAAUGCAGGAAAAAGCAAAUAAGUGAUACUUUGAUUUUCUCACUCCUAGUGUUAUUGAGACACAGAAUCUCCAGUAUGGAAGAAGGAAAUAUUGAAGAGGAUAAAAAUGGAAUAUACAAGUUCCUAGAUCUGUCCACAGAAAAGGCCUACAAGCAAUAAGCAAAACAUGCUGAGUACCCUCUAGCAUUCACUGUGGUAUACAGAAAUACCAUUUCUCACUAAAAGGAACCGGGGCUCCUCAGAGAAAUGUCUGGUUCCAGGUCAGAACCGGUAGGUGUAAAUGGUAUAUCUGGUACAUCUUGUCAAACCAGAGAGUGGGGAAGCUAUCCAAGUCUACUAGUGUCAUGUUAAAGACCUCAGAAGCCAACAUGAAGAGGCUCCCAUUGGCCAAAGAUGGAAUAACUCAAACAAGUGUAAAGAUUAAAAACGCAGUGGCCUGAAGCACGAAGAAAUCUGUAAGUUUGUAAUGAUACUAAAACAACAACAGCAACCAAAAUAACUCAUUGGUUGCCUUGGAGGAUUAUGGAACUAAUUUCGUAUUUGCUGAUAGCUGGACAGAUAAAAUCAGGGGGAAAAAAAUCAAGCAAUGUUCUGUGAUAUCACUAGGUAACCAAAGAGUAGAUGAAAGGAAGUCUUUCUUCCAGAAACGUUCUGUCUAAUAAAUGAAGAAAGAAUGAUAGAAUUAGAAUAACACUAUUUUGCAAUCUCUAAAGAACUAAUGGACUUAGAUAUUAAACAUCAAAGACUGUUAACAUCACAAAAGGAGAGUCAGACACACUGACAUUAUGUUCCUCCAUUUAUGAAACACUAUUGAAAAAAAUUAAACUUGAACCUGAUCAAGCUUCUAGAUUCAACUAUUAAUUUACAGAAAUUCUAGAAGAGAGAGAAACAUGUCAAAAACAGGGAAUGUAAUCAGUGAAAUGCAGGGUAAGGAAAACUCUGUAGGACAAAUAAUCCAGCUUCUUCAACAAAUACUUUGCAAGGGGGAAAAGAUAUAUAUAUGGAGAGAUGGCGAGAGAGGGGGAGAGGGAGAGAGAGAGAGAGACAGAGAGAGAGAGAGAGAGAGAGAGGGGGAAUGGUGAAAUGGAGAAGGAACCCAUAAAGGAGACUCAAAAAGACAUCAUCCUAUCACUAUAUGAACAUAUUUUGAUCCUAAUUAAACAAACUGUAAUUUUAAAAAAUCAUUACAUUUAAGAGAUGAAUAGAAAUUUAAACAUGAGAUAAUUAAUAUUAGAGAAUUACAUUAAUUUUUAGAUAAGAUAAUGGCAUUGUUAUUCUUUUUUAAAAGUAAUUUUUUUAGAAAGCAUAUUGAAAUAUUUAUGGGUGAAAUGAUAUGAUGGCUGGGAAUUGCUUCAAAAUAAUCCAGGAAAAGGAAAGUGAGAGAAGAUAUACAUGAAACAAGAUUUGUAUGAGUGAAAGUGUUAAAGCUACAUGGUGGGUACAUGGGAGUUCAUUGUAUUAUUCUCUCUAAAUUUUUUUUGACAAUUUCCGCAGUGCAAAGUUU